AUGCAGUGCAUUAAUGAGGUGUCUUUGCAUAUAAGCUCAUACGAGGCUCCAAAACGAAGGAUAUGGCAUCAAAAGGUAGUCACUUGGUCGUUUCGCGAUCCAUUCCAUCUGCUCGCCAAUGAAAAAAGCCGGCGAUUAGUGAGGUCACUAAUAGCGACAGCAUUCGCUCUAUGGGAGGAAGCCUUAGAUGGGCGAUUGGAAUUUCAUGAGGUGAUAGGCUUCGAUGACGGUAGCGACGAAGUGAGGAAACCGCCUCAUGUGGAUAUUGAUAUCCUUUUCGCUAGAGGCGAACAUGGAGACAAUGAGGCAUUCGAUCGUAAUGGUGGUAUGGUGGCGCAUUCAGAAUACCCACCGAAAGGGAUUCUCCACCUGGAUGCUGACGAGAGAUGGUCGUUUGAUGGAGUUGACGGAGUGGAUUUGCGAUACGUGAUUCUACAUGAAGUUGGUCACCUUCUCGGCCUUAGGCAUUCACGAAAAAAGUCGUCAGUCAUGAGUAAAUACUAUAGGAACCUUUCUUGCGGUAUGCGCCUACCAUCAGUUGAUGUGCGGUCUAUCCGACGAUUAUACGGACUGAAAGGAAACCGACGGAAGCUAAGCUGA